AUGGUAGUACUCAGACGCUCAGCUAGACUCCUGGGUUCUGGCUCUGCUGCAGCAGCAGCAGUCACCCAGGAAGUCGUAAACUCCUCCACUAGCUCAAGUUUAGUAGUAACCACCAAAUCUUCGACUCGCAAGCCCCGUGCGGCGUCGUCACCAGCCAGUGUUGCAACAACAACAUUGACUAAAACCAAAUCCUCCAGGAAACGUUCGGCCUCUCGUCGUCAAUCAGAUACUAUUGAUGGUCCACCGCCUUUUAUUCCGCAGCCUGUACUCGACGUUGAAGUUCACCGGGUCCAUAUGGCUGCAAAUCUUGAACUUAUGAGUUCUGUAAAGUCCGAGACUAAAAAUGAAAAUGAACCUACUGCCGUUGCCACAGGUACUAUUCUAAACCCAACAAUCCUCAAAGGGGUCCACCAUUUACUGCAAACUGACCCGUCUUUGCCCGCACUUCUUGGUCCUGAAUGGAAAGCAGACCUAUUUGCACCAUUGUCAAAUGCAGAACCCGAUACUGGCACCGACAACUCAACCAUUGCUAACAUUGUUAUGAGCGACCAAGCGUUGCUUAGCAAGUACUACCAACAUAUGGCGCGUGGAAUUCUUGCUCAGCAAAUCUCUGGGGCUGCUGCACGUUCCAUUGUACGCAAGUUUAAACUCCUGUUCCACAAUCUGCCGGAGCCAUCGCUGCCCCAUACAACACACGCAAUACCUACAUCUGUGCCAGAUUAUGAGGCUUUGUGGGAAACCCUGAAUUCACAGACUGCAAGUAAGUCAAGUACUGCUGGGAAUGAUGAUGACAAUGACAACAAUGACACACAAGUGUCGACAACUACAUCGGGGUAUUUUGAUGACUCAAGGUUGUCAUUCCCACAUCCGUACCAGGUAGUUCACACAGCACCUGAACUUUUGCGUAGCGCAGGGUUAUCUGCACGCAAAGUAGAAUAUGUUGUAGGGUUAUCACAGGCGUUUCUUGGUGCCUACGAAAAACUUGAGGGUCAAGUUUCGAUUCGUGAAUCUUCAGAAGGUAAUGACGAAGAGAAUGAAUCAGAGGGGUCACAAGAUAAAAAAUCUACAAAAAAUACAACAACAUCAAUAGUACCGUUUUCGGUGCAGUUGUUUAAAAAUGGGUCUGAUACGGAAAUUGAACAAGCAUUGGUUGCACUUAAAGGCAUAGGUCCUUGGUCUGCAGAAAUGUUUCUGUUGUUUGGACUUGCGCGGCUUGAUGUGUUUAGUCGAGGAGAUUUAGGGAUUCAGCGCGGGUUGGCGCGGUAUCUUGUUUUGCGGCCUGAGGUGGUAAGUCUAGCCAAGGCAGCACGCGAGGAAGAUCUUAAUAAGUCUGGUAAUAAUGUAAAGAAGAAGAAAAAUACAGGGGGAGGAGGUGGGAAUAAGAAACUAAAAUGGAAGAUGCCGGAAGAACAUGAGUUUGAGUACGUGAGACAAAAGUUUGCACCUUACGGGAGUCUCUUGAUGCUGGUGUUGUGGAAGUUGGGCGGGAUGCCGGAUAUGGAUGCCCUAGAGGGCCCACGAAAGCGGGUCAAGAAUGAAGAAUAA